AUGCACCAGUUUCCUUUCUCCCGUUCAAGCCGUCCAGUUAGUCAUUGCCCUCGAGACCGUAACCUCACCCUGCCUUUGUCUGUCUCAUAUCCCGGCCUGCCCAAGGACGCCGGGGCGAGCAACCGGCGCCCCCGACGAGGCAGUGCGUACGGCAAUGACAACUCAGACGCUGACGCUGACGCCGACGCUGGCAACAACAUCGGCCCGGGAUACGGCUCCAACGACCAGCUGUACAGCACCCCGGAUAUAGACGAUGCGGACCCAGACAGCGCCGCCAUCGCCGAAUUCGUCCGCGCGCAACAGCUUGCCGCGCUGCGCCGCGCCCGCCUGAGCGCCGCCGCCGACGCAGCGGCGGCGGUGCGGGCGCGCGACGCUGGUCUGCAAGAGUACCUCGCAGCGCAGGGCCUGGGCUCUAUAUCCCAAUUCCGGGAGCUAGCUGAGCAGGAGGCGCAGCGCACGCUUGAGGAGCUCCAGGAGGCUGACUUGGCAGCUCUGGAGGCCCAGAUAUCCGCCCAGGGCGGGGACCUGGAGGCCGACUGGGCGGCACUGGAGAGCACCCGCAGCACCACCGGACUGGCCAAGGCCCCCCCUGGCGUGCGGGGACAGAGCAGCUCCAGGGGGGCCGAACUGCCGGACGAUACACUGCUGGCACCGCCCUCCAACCCACGGGUUGACCGGCUCCGAUACCAGUCGCAGCGAAUGCGGCGCAAGCGGCGCCUGUUCAACACCGUCGACGGUGACGGCAGCCUGUACGACGAGCCGUUCAGCGACAGCGGCAGUGACGACGACGGCUCCGCGGCCUAUGACUACAACCAACCGCAAUUUCCGCCGCCAGGCGCGAGCAGUAGCAUUAGUGGCAGUAGUAGCAGCGGCUCGGGCACGCUACUGCGCCGGCCGACCGCCACUGGCGGGGCGCCGGGGUCCCCGCAGCGCCCGGCGCCGCCGGCCCCCACGGUCAACCCCUUCCUGUCGCUGCCCCGGCGGCCCUCUGACGUCAUCGAUCCCCUGGACGACGUUGACGCCAUUUUGGAUCGCAUGAUGGAGAGCGAUGUGGCGGCUGUGCAGCAGCAAUUACGUGGUCCCAGUGCGGCGGGGGAUAAGGAUGGCGACCGGUACGAUGACGAUGGGUACGAUGAGUACGGCAAUCGCCGUCCUGGUUUCGUGGACCCAGCGGCGGUGAAUGACCAGUACGGCGAUCGGAUGCUACGGGCGCUGCGAGGAGCGUUGGCGGAGGGUCCUGCGGCGGGGGAGGUUGGGGAUCUGGCGGCGCGACCUGAGCGGCCUAAGGCGGCGGGCAACAGCCGCAAGGCCGCGAGCCGCCGCUUGGCUUCAUCAUCAUCAUCAUCAUCAGCAGCAGCAGCAGCCGAUGAUUAUGAUGCCCUGGCGGAGUUGUUGGAGGCGUUGGGCGGGGAGCUGGAGGACGACGAAGUGGAUGACGAUGGCAGCGCUGCUAGUGACCCGCGGGCGACGGCGAAAAGGAAGCCGUCCGUACGCAACGCCUUUGCAGAUGGUGAUGCCCAGCUGCUGGAGGAGCUGCUGUCAGAGGAGGGCGGCCUGCUGGGGCAGCCGCCAACACAGUCCCCUGGCAGCUGGCGAGCAGCGGAUAAAGAGGAGGAGGACGACGACUAUGACUGGUCCCUACCGCCAGCCUCGACAGGUAAUCAGACGCCAGUGCCAUCCCUGGAGUCAAGGCCCACGCCACGUGCCCGUGCGGCGACGGCUGGCGGUGGUGCUGGGGCUGCUGCGGCGGCGGCGGCGGCGGGGCCCGGCGGCGGCAGAGGCGCGCGUGCAGCUGCCUCUCAGAGCCGCUCAACGGCCGCUCGGGCUGCAUCCCUGGCCUUGGCGCGGAAGGAUCAGGAGGAGCUGCUUCGGGGCGACUGGGACGAGGAUCUGUACGGCUUGGACGACGAGAAUCUCACGGCCGGACUGGGUAGUAGCAGCUUCGGCGGCGACGACCUCACCGGGGGGUCCGGGAGCGGCGGCGGCGGCGGCGGCGGCUCAACAACAACUCGUACAUCGGCCGGUUUCGGAGUGUCAGCUGCGGAGCCGACACCGCAGCUGCUGGUGAGGCCGUCGAAGCAGGUGGCGGCGACGAGGCCAGUUGCCGGACGCAAUAGCGGCGCCAGUACCACCGCCGCAAAGGCGGGUCUCACCGCAGGGGGUGCAACCCUGAGUACGAACGACCUGGCGGAGGUGCUCCGGGGUCUUUCGGAAUCUGAACACGCGGCGGGAGGUGAUGAGAUACCUGACCUUAUGGAGGAGGACUGGAAUAGAACACCAGCGGCAUCAGCGGCGGCGGUGGUACCGCUGGCGAAGCCGGUACGUGGUGGCGGCGGCUUCGACAGCAUCAAGGCGACGGAGGAGCUGCGGCCCGUUGCCACCGCGAGUGUGGCCGGACCCAGGUCUGGCAGUGUCCCUCCUGGCGGGGCUCCAGGCUCUGCCAAAGCGGGCGAAGCACCAGGAGCUGUAACGCCAGCACCGGCCAGCCAAUCACCGCCCGAAGCCAAGCCACCAGUUGCAGCAGGUGUUCACAACGGCAGCAGUGGUGGUGGUGGUGAUCGUGGUGGUGGUGAUCGUGGUGGUGGUGGUGGUGGUGGUGCUGCUGCUGCUGCUGCUGAUUCAGCUCCAGCUUUGUCGUUGGAGGCUGCUCGGGCCGUGCUUGCGAAUCCGACGCGAGCUGCUGCUUUGGCUCGUGUAGAGGGUAAGGCGCUGCUGUCAACACCGCCAACUAGGCAGAGCGCUAACACCGGAAGUAACAACAGUAAUUCCAGCGAUAGCAACAACAACAGUAGCAGAAACAGCAGCAGCAGCGUGCCGUUGGCUAGGUCCUCGGUUUCAAGCCGUCAGGCAAGCGCAGCACUGGUGCAAGCGUCCUUCACGCCGCAGGGCGCAAGCCUUGCUGCCGACAAGCCAUCUUCCUCUCCGCGGCGUCCCCAACAGGAGCAGCAACAGCAACAGCUGACAAGUACAGGGGGAGGAGGACCCACAACGGGCGCGGGCGCAGCCACCACAUCUGGCGUUGCCACCACCGCCUCUCCCGAAGUGCCGGUGGCUCCAGCGCCGGCCACCGAGGCACCCGUUGCGGCUGUCAGCAGCAGCUCCGACGCAGCGGAGGCGACGGAGGCUGUGAAACGUCCUCAGGCGCCCGUGGCGGCUCCGGCGGUGGCGAGGUCGCCCAAGGAGUUGGAGGCAGCGGCCGCCGCGGCGGCGGCGGCGUUGCUCGCCGCGGGAAAGGCCGACAGGAUGCGCAGCUCCAAGUCCGUCCUGGUAGAGCCCACGGGACCGGCGGCCACCGCCGUACCUCCCACGAGGCCUGCAACACCGCCGCCAGCGGCGACGCCGCCGCUAACGCGACCCAGGGUACCGGAGGCCCCGCGUUCGCCGUCAGCCGCUCCUGGCGGCGCGACCCAAAACACAAGUAGCGUCGACGCCGCCGCAGUUUCACCGGCGGCGACAAGAUCCCCUGCGGGGGGACCAGGAGCGGCUCCCAGUUCCCGGAACUGGACCCGGACGUCUGUCGUACGACCCUGGCGACCUGGCCGAGCGCCGUGGCCGACAGCUUCUGACGCCGUCAACGCGGGUGCCGGUGCCGCAGUGACUGCCGGAAUGAUGACCUCCUUGGCUGGGCCUGGGCCUGGGCCUGCCCGCGGCGCCGACGCCGCUGCGACACGCGACGGCGCGGCGGCGAGGCCUGCCACGGGUGAUACUGCGACGGCGACGUCAGCCCUUGAGGCCACAGCCCCGCGGUCCGCACACACCCCAUGGCUGGGGGACAGGGAGCCGCUAGCUGGGCCGUCGUUCGUCCCCAGGCCGGACACGGCCACGUCCAGCGCCAGUGCCCCCGUCGCGUCCUCCUCCUCCACCUCGUUCCCCCCUUCAAGUGAAACCUCCGACGGCUCACCCUCCUCCGCAUCACCAUCAUCAUCAUCAUCAUCAUCAUCACCGCCGAAGAGCUUUCCUCCGUUGGGCGAGUCGGCUGAGCGGCUGCGGCGGCUCCGUAUGCUGCUGAAGAAGGGGUUGCUGCUGGAGGCCUUUGUGCCUGUGCUCGGCCGCAACCAUCGGGGAGCAGUUAGAGUGUACGUUCCGAGGCUGAAAUCCCUGGGUGUGGCGCAACCUGUGGAGGUAUUGGCAGAGGACCUGCUGUGCUGGUGGGGUGACGCAUCUUCGGAUGCGGCUUUGCAGCUGCACACGGCGGAACGGGGGCUGGCGGCGACGGCCGGGGUUAGCCCUGCGGCGGCAUCGGCGGCAUCACCUCUGACGGCAGGUGCGCCCGUACCGCGUAGAUUCCGGCGUGCCUGGGUGGCUGUGACGUCGGUACGGCCGUACGGCAGGCAGGCGGAGGACAAGCACGUGGGCAUGGCGGCGGCGGCGGCGGCGGGUGCGUUUGAUGGCCGCGGCGCCGCUGAGCAGUUGUCGGGCGGGGAGGACCUGGUUGCGGCCCUGAAGGUAUUGGAGCUGAAUAAGCACCGCACGGUUUUCGCCCGGGUGGUGGCCAUCACCCCGCGGGGUGCCUAUUGCGAGGUGAAGCUCGAGGCCCCUGGCCAGUCGCCAGCCGGCUCUGCAGGCGACAUGGACGCUGGGGGAGAGCCGGUAGUCACCACCCUGAAGGAACGACCCGCGGGCAGUGGGCGUACCGCCGGAGGCGACGAUGCGGCUGCUGCCGGUGGAGCUGCCGCUGUUGGGGGGGCGACGGCGGCGGUGGCGAGUGCGAGUGCUACUGCUCACGUGUCGCACGGGAGAGGUGGAGGAACUGCUGGCGAUGUUGGUGAUGUUGGUGGCCCCGGGGGUGCCGCAGUAGGGCCUGCGGGCGCAGGGGCUGCGGCGAUGGCUUCUCGCCCGGGCGCCGGAGCAGGAGCGGCAGUGGCGGCGAGACGUGUGACCCCGGGGGUGCAGGUGCACUGGCAGCUGUGUUUCCUGCCCAUGGAGUGCAUGACGGCGGGUCUGAGGGCGGACUGGCGGCGGGUCUUGAAUCUAGACCGGGCCAAGCGCGUCCGCGCCUUGUCGGCCAAGACCGGCAUUACCGUCGAGAUGCGCGCGGCGACAGCCGCCAUCGACCUCUCAGACCCCCUGUCCACCUCGCCGCCGUCGAAGCGGCGCCACUUGCUGCAGCUGGGGGACGUGGUGGAGUGCCGCCUAAAAGACAGCACUCGCUUAUGCCCCACGAAAAUAGUGUUGGCAAGGCUAACCCAGGUUCCGCACCGGGCUAGUCCCGCACCGCUGCAGGCGCUGGAUCUGACUGCUGCUGCUACUGCGGUGCCGCCGCCGCCGCCGCCUCCUGGGGCUGCGGCCGUUACGGAGGCCUCCGCCGGUGUCAGUAGCAGUAGCAGCAGCAGCGGCGGUGGCGGCAGUGAUGUGGAUGGGGUCGCUGCGCAGAUCAGCACUCUCCUUGGAGCUGAGACACGACCCGCGGAGGGAGAGGGGGAGGGGGGGGAGGAGGAGGGGGAGGAGGAGGGGGAGGAGGCCGCCACUAUGGCGGCAGGCGGUGGAGGCCAUGUGCCGGGUCUACGUCCGAUUGUGAUGGCCUUGAGCUUGGACGUGGCUGUGCGGGCCGCGAACGGCAGCGUCGGCAACAACGGCCCCGGCGGCGUCGACAAUCUGGCUGUGGCGCACACAACGGUAACUGGCCCCCCACCUGGGGUUGCUGACGGAGAUGAGGGAGGUGAAGGCGGUUUGGGGACGUCCACGGGGCUUCAGUCGGUGGCGAUUAAGGACCCGGGGAUGCCGACGCUGACAGUGCCCGCAAGGAACUGGGUUCCGGCGGACACCGGCACCAGUGCUGCCACUGGCGUCCCGCCCUCCGCCCCGCCACCACCUCGCUUCACUCCGCCACCGCCGCCGCCGAUGGGUCCCUCAUCUGGAUUCAUUACCUUGACCGAGAGGUUGAAGCGGGUCCGGCUUAUGGUGAUGAGGGGGGAGCUGCUGGAGGGCAUUGUGCAGGGCCAUUACGACUCCGCACGACAUGCUCUACCGGCCGUGUUUCCAGCGCUGGCCGUGGAGACGUCACAGCGGCAACAAGACCAGAACCUAGCCUUGAACGUCGUCGUCCCCACAGCGCGAGGUCAAGACGGCCUGACGGCUGAAGCAGCUUCGGUUGCGACGGCGGCGGGUGCGGCGGAGGAGACGGCGACGGCCUCCCUGUCCCAGUCAGGAGAGCCCCAGGCCUCCCUUGCGGAUCUGGAGGUGCAGAUGGUGGAGGUGACGCCGCCUUGGUCGCAGCGCUGGUGCUCCGGAUACGCAUCGGUCCGACGACAGUCGGACCGCGCCGCCAUUGGCGGGAAUAAGAAAUGCGUUUGGUUGUCAAAACACCCACGCAUCCAAUUCCCGUUUAAGUGCCGUACCCAGCGCCGCCGCCGCCGUCGCCUUGGCAGCCUCCGCCACGCCAGGUGCCGCUGGCGUGGCGGCGGUAGCCACUCGGCGCCGCCGCUGAUCAUCCAGUCCAACCUCGGCCGCGCGGUGACCACACACGUGAUCAACAUCACGGAGCGGGGCGUGUACUGCGAGCUGCAGGUGGAGGCGCCCGGGAGACACGGAGACGGCUCCAAGGGGGGCUCCCGGCCGCCUCCGUCGGCGGCAGGGCAUCGGCAGGCAGCAGCCGCGGCGGCGCCGUCGGCCGCCUCGACCGCGGCCGAGCCCCAAAGGGUGAUGAUUCAAUCUCCGGAUCGCCCCACGGUGGAGAAUUUGGCUCCGGCUCCGGCUCCGGAUCGGCCCAUGAUGAUGAUGAUGGUGCACCAGCAGCUGGCGUUCCUGCCCCGGGAGUCAAUGGCGGCCCCUCUGGCGGCUGAUUGGGAUGAAUUGGUGGCUGUUGAUAAGGACUUUCGAGCACUCGCCGCUGCCCGGACCGCUGGCGACACCGCCCUGCUUGCGGACUUGAUGUUACGUCCCAAGUUCAAAUCCCAGUCGGAGCGCAGGAUGCGCAUGGGGGACGUGCUGAUGGCCCUGCUGGAGAGUCAUGUCAUGUGCAUGACCAGCUCUGCUUCCUCAGUGCUGCCCAUGGCCAUCCUAUCCCAGGUUCCGCACCGGGCUAGUCCCGCACUGCUGCAGGCGCUGGAUCUGACUGCUGCUGCUACUGCGGUGCCGCCGCCGCCGCCGCCUCCUGGGGCUGCGGCCGUUACGGAGGCCUCCGCCGGUGUCAGUAGCAGUAGCAGCAGCAGCGGCGGUGGCGGCAGUGAUGUGGAUGGGGUCGCUGCGCAGAUCAGCACUCUCCUUGGAGCUGAGACACGACCCGCGGAGGGAGAGGGGAAGGAGGGGAAGGAGGAGGGGGAGGCCGCCACUAUGGCGGCAGGCGGUGGAGGCCACUAA